AUGUCAUCGCCUGCUCCCAUUCAGAAACCACGAAGGCGGUCGUUUCUAGACCACGGAGGAGCAAACUCCAUCAACAACUUUGCAUCCUCGUACACAAGAGCUCAGUCAUAUGUCGGCCUGUCAUUAUUCGAGGAUGCAGAGGGCCAAGACGAUAUCUCCCCGUGUCUGUCUCCAGUACCUCCCUUGAAUCGCUCAGAAUCAACUGUGAGUGACUACUUCGCUGGCCAGAGUCGAUCGCCUCGUACUAGCCAGGGCUAUGACCAUAUUGACACUUUUGACUUUCCUCAUGCACAACGGUCCGAUGAAACGACUCCCUUGAACGGACAUCAGGAAUCCAGCGUUCGGAGUAGUACUUCAGGCAGCAUAUUUUCUCUUCCACAUGCUGGAAAUUCCACUGCUGCUCAAACAGUAUUCAAUUCCCUCAAUACCCUUAUGGGAAUUGCUGUUUUCUCCUUAUCAUUCGGCUUUCGACUUUCUGGCUGGGUCCUCGGGCUGAUAAUCCUCAUUUCAUGUGCAGCCACAACCAACAUGACAGCUAAGGUACUUGGCGCUGUCUUGAGUAAGAAUCCUCAACUCCAGACCUAUGGCGAUAUUGCACAUUUGUAUGGCGGAAGCCGCAUGCAGCUUUUUGCAACCAUAACGUUCACGUUAGAUUUGACCGGAGCAGCUCUUUCACUCAUUUUACUUUUUGCGGACUCAUUUCAUCUUCUUUUACCGACCGUCGAUGUGAGAUUGUUUAAAAUAUUAAUUGUUGUCAUUACCUUCUUCAUGAGCUUCAUGCCCCUUACCGUCUUAUCCAUGGUUAGUCUCACAGGAAUAAUGAGCACGGUUAGCAUUUUGAUCCUCGCAAUAACGAGUGGCUUCCUUGUGAAAAAGGGCGAAGAUGGCUCCCUUUUGGGACCAUCAAGCACGAGCCUUUGGCCCAGCUCUUUAUUGGAAGUUCUUCUUAGCAUAGGCAUUUUUAUGGCUCCAUGGGGUGGUCACCCGGUAUUUCCAGAGCUCUACAAGGACAUGAGACACCCAAACAAGUACAACAACUGCUGCAACGUGACUUUCCUAUCAUGUUUAAAGUUAGACUUUCUAGUGGCUGUUGUUGGCUACCUUAUGUUUGGAAACAAUGUCAAGGACUCUUUGACAAAAAGCUUAAUGGGUAACACGAGCUUACCAUCAUUUAUCAACCCACUUCUUUGUGUGUUCUUGGGAUUACUUCCAAUUUCCAAGUUAUCUCUCGUUGUCCGCCCAAUAAUUUCCGUUUACGAGAAACACUUCAGAAUGAACGAGUCAAGCGUCUUGACGUACAAGGACGGCAAAAGAUACCGCCCAAUCACACCCAAAAAGAUCGUUUCCCGGAUAAUUUUCUUGGGGAUCCUAUUCAUUCUUUCGUUGGUUUUCACAUCAUUCGGGAAAGUUGUGGCAUUUUUGGGUAGCGCAAUCUGUUGCACAAUUUGCAUAAGCUUACCGUUGAUGUUUUACCUAAAGUUCUUUGCCGACGAGUUAUCUGCGUUGCAAAAGAUCUUCACUCGCAUAGGCAUUUUUGUAGGAUUUGCCGGAGCGAUCCUCGGAACUUAUGCUUCGUUUGUGUAUGAAACGGCAUAA